UACAAAAUAACCUGGGUCUGCUAAGUCUAUUUUGCAUUUGAACAGAGGCGUAUAUUUAUAUUGGGAAAAACCCGGUAGUAAUUUCAUGAUAAUCCGAGGUGUAUUUAGAUUGACGAGUCGAUAAGGUCGUCCGGGCCGGACAUAAUUCACGAAUUCAGUUCGAAAACUACACGUACACAUCUCCACGCUCCGUUGACUAAACAUGGCCUACACAAGUACAGAUAUUGUGGCCAGGGCACAAUGGAAAGCAAUGGAUACAAAAGGGUCAGACGCUAUGAAGACUCCCGUGAAAAUUGUUUUCGUUCAUCACACAGCCGGAAAACAUACCACGACACAACAGGAGGGUAGUGAAACCGUCCGAGCGAUUCAGAAUUUCCACAUGGAUGAUCGAAAAUGGGAUGAUAUAGGCUAUAACUUCCUGGUUGGUGAGGGCGGUCACGUCUUUGAGGCAAGAGGUUGGGACAGAGUCGGAGCUCAUACUAAGGGCUGGAACGGCGUCUCGGUUGCUUUCUCCAUCAUGGGGAACUUCGAAGAAGACGAGUCGCAUCCGGAUAUACGGGCUCUAAAAGCAGUGCUAGGAAUGAUUCAGCUUGGCAUUGAGAUGGGCAAAAUUUCUCAGGACUAUAAACUGUACGGACACCGUGAUGUCGGUGCAACAGCUUGCCCAGGCAAAAACCUUUAUAAAGUUAUCCAAACAUGGGACCAUUAUUCACAAGAAAAACCAACCAAAUAAGCCCUAAUACAUAUCACGAUCUGUCGUAUUUUCUCCCCACGCUUCUCUGACGUAAACGCAUCACGUCAUGAUCUGGAUUAAUAUGUUUAUUUAACAUAUACUGCUUACAUGCAAUUACUUUACUGUGUUGUUCUAUUUCCAUUUUGUUGUUUAAUGUAUUAAAACAGGCUACUUGCAAUCACUUUGAAUUUGCUGUUAUAAAUAUGAACAUGACGUGUUUUUCUGUUACAAGCUGAUAGUAAUGAAAACUAAAUUUCAUGUUAUUCGUCGUAAAAACCUAAUAAAUUUCACAAAUCAAACAGGUAAACAGAACAACAGAAAUUAGCCUGUGCUUCUGGAUUAUAUACUCUGUUAUAUUGUUCAGUCGGACAAACGGUCAAUGACGUCAUUGUGAAUUGUCUUACGCCACAGUCUAUACUAAUUUAAACAGUCCAUCGGCAUUUAAGGUCGAUACAUUUACAAUAUCCACUGUUUCUGAAUCGAUAACCUAAGUGUGGGCAAGUCUGUUUAUUUCUCAAUAACUUGAGUGUAGAGCGUGAACGCGUAUGGAUAUAUGUAAAUAUUGGCAGACUUCUUUCCGCAAACCUCGUGUCAAUGUUUACAAACAAACGCUAGCAUUUAGAGUACCGUGCGUUCGAGACACCAAAAUAAAAACAUUUCAUUUUAUUUUUUG